AGCUCUGCCUGUGUCACAUGGAAGCAAGGCAGCUGAGCUGAGGGGAUGUGAGCAGAGAUGGAGGGGGCUUAAGGGACCGAGGCAGCCGCAGAUCAUUUUGGAGACGCAUCAGGAUCUUUAUUUUUUAUCAUCAUCAGUAGCCGGAUAAAGAAAAAAAGGGGCAGGUUGAGCUCUUCCCAGCCUCUCCUCUUGGCUGGGGGUGCGCGGACAGGGCGCAUGAAGGAUGCCACAUGAACUAUGCUGCAUCCUCAUCCUACAGUGAAGAAGCCCAGCUGUUGGUUUUGCUGUGAUUAUGUUCGCAUGGAGCUUUUGGUCUGAUGGGAAGCAGAAACUGAAGGAAGCGACAGGAGCCGAUGCUGCGCCUCCCCAGACCUCUGAGCUGAAUUCCAGUGAGACCGUGGCACCUCCCUGCGUGCAUGAGUGUAAGGGUGUGAGUGUGUGUGUGUGUGAGAGCAAGUGAGCGCCAGCGCUCCCACAUGGCCUCCAUGCAGGACGGGCUGAACUUCACGGCUCCUCCCUACGGCAAGGUCCUGCUGCUGGGUGCUAUCGCUGCUGCCUCAGCCUUUGUUGUUACCAUCCUUAUAGUGGUGCUCUGUGUGGGCUGCCAGAGGAAGGGGAAGACACACAAUGUCCCCGGUGAAGGUGGAAAACACCGCCUCAUGGACGUGGGUAUACUCAAACAGUCAAAGCUGCGGUCCAUCAGUAAAUCUGAUACCGAGAUGAACAAGAUGAACUGCAAUGGCAAAAGCAGGCAGCUUCCCCAGAUCCCCUCUGGGACUGGAGAGGACAGCGAGCACACUUAUUCAGAAGUGGGCCAACGUUCCUCCACUACACGUACUGACGAUGCCCUCUACGCCAUGGUAGGCAGGGCCGGGCAGACGGACACUCCGGCCCCUCCGGCCGUUCCAGCCAACACCCCGGCGCCCCCUGACCCAGAUGGCGAGGUGGACGGAGGGCUCCCUGAACCCGAGGCGCCGGUCAUGUCUCCCCCGCACCCUCCAGAGACGGCGGAGUACGCCUGCGUCAGGAAACUGAGGAAGGCUGAAAAGGCGCCUCAGAAGAGGGACAGUGGGACGGAUAUGGCGGAGCCACCAGCGCCGCCUCUACGCCACGGGCCGCCUUCGCAUCCUGCCCCUCCACCGCCACACCCCCACAGCACAAAGUUGCCUCGUAGAAACAUUGAGGCCUUCAAUGUCCCAUCAUUUCCAAAGGAAGUGAUGUUUAUGGGAAACGGAGAGCAGUACAUCUGGAAGCCUCCAGAGGAGGAUGACAUGCUGAUGCUCCAGAAUAAAGCUCUGGGUCCACUGGGAGCUCAUACAAUGGAGAAUUUACAACCAUCUGCAGCAGUGGUGGCUGAGAUGUACUCCAAAGUCUGCAAACCUGGCAAGAAGAAGAGAGCGAUACCAGGGUCUCCACCAGCCAACCUUGGCUUCCGGACCUUAGGUCGAGGCGACUGGGACCGGGAUCGAGACGGUGGAUUCAGUGUGGUGGUCAAACCUCAGACAUGGGCCCCUCAAGAAGGCAAAGCAGCUGGGGGAUCCCUGGACGACCACUGCUACGAGUCCAUCGGCACGGAGGAGUGCGAUCAAGCGUACGAUAACCUGGAAGGUGGAGGCGCAUGGAAAAGGGAGAGGCCUCCGAACACAUGUGCCACCCUUCGACCAAGGAGGAAGAAAGCCCAGCAGCCACUGCAGCAGCAGCAUCCUCCUCCGCCGCCGCCCACGCAGCAGACCCCCAAGUUACAACACCUGCCUGCCAAAGCCCUGCUGCUGCCGGGAGAGAACCUGUAUGAGAGCAUCGGUGACCUGAAGCAGGGCUCCGCCACAUCCAGCACCACCACCAUCUUCACCUUUAACGACGGCAUGGAGAUGUAUGUUACAGGGCUCUGAGGCAGCGGCUGCACUGUGACCCCCAUCGACACCUCGAGGAGUGACUGCUGGGUCCCUGUCAUGCUCACCCACACAUACUGUUUACAUUUAAGUAACAUCAGGCCUUUCACAGGCUCCAGAGGCCUUGGGUGGUAAUGUUGAUCUGUUAUGACCUGGGCUGAAUACAAAGUCCUGUCUGCAAACCUUAAAAGAAUCCAAAGGUAGUAAAUAAUAAAUGAGCACAAGACCAUCACAGAGCAAUCUGUAGGCAAACAGUAGCACUUCAGUUUUACUGAUACGUCUGUGCAAAGCACAAUAAAGUUAGAAGCCUAAAUUCUUCCUCAAUUGUUGCGGGUAAAAAUAGUCCUUUAUUCGGUCCGAGCCGGACCUCUAAUUGGGGAAUUAUUUUAGUAGCACUUCCCUGUAUAUUUGACCAGAUGUGAUUUAGGAUAGAAUUUAAAUGAAACAUAAAUAAAAAACUCUUGAAAGCUCAGGGAUCAAGAAUUAUAUAACCAAGUAUUUUAAUAAAAAAAUUAAUUGCACACAUAUUGCAUUCCUCCUAAACGCUUUGACAAAUUAAGACCAUUUCACCUUAACAAAAAAAAACAAAACAAAAGCCAAUCAGAUACUUCCCUCCAUGAAGUUUCACCCGACAUGGAUUGAACACUGUCUCCACUGCUGUCUGUAUAUGAGGUGUUUUACUUUGUUGAUCCUGUUCUUGCACUUUGCCUGCUACGAGAUGCAUGCCUAAAAAAAAAAAGAGAAAAACAAAAAAAAAAUAAUUGAAAAAAACUAAAAAAAAACAAGCUCUGUAUGUGGUUUCUCUAUAUAAAUGUUUUUAUUUUCAUCCGUAGUUGUUUACCUUUUUUUUUUUCCUGUUUUUUUUAACCGUGUUGCUUUAUUACUCUGUGGAGCCGGUUUGAUGAAGGAUGUGUUUGGCUUAGUGGAGAUCUGAGCAGCCGAGGAGAGCGUCUAAAUCCUCUGCUGUGCCUACGAUAAACACACGAGCUCAAAUGAAUCCAGGAGAACUGUUCGAGUCCUAAACGUGGAGACCACCCACCCCCUCCAACCGCCCCUUCCUUAACACGCCCCUGUCUGCUCAGUCACAUCUGUGGAUCAUCAGAAAAUUGUGUUAGCAAUUGUCAUGUCUCAACAUCACUCCAUUGAGGAAAACUCUGUUAUCGGUGUUAAAAUAUAUCGCAGGAAAGAAAAAAAAAAAGACAUAGCAAAAGAGCAUCAACCGCCCCCUUUUUGGAUAAAACCGUUAAGUUUACAUCCAAAACCUGAAUAAUAA